GUGAUCCGUGUAGCCACAAACGGGAAAUUCUGCAAAGGACGUGCAAUGUCACAUGAUUUACUACUGUAUGCUGCAUGAGAAAUAAAUCUGUCUGCAACACCUUGAAGGAAGUGUGCACGCGAUACGCAGCUUGUCUGGUGAGGAGUUUCCACUGAGGGCGGUCCCACGCUCUUUUCAGGAAGUAAUGCUAUAGAGGAAAUUUUAUUUGCGUUGUAUAUACAAAUAAGGUUCCUCGUCUUGCGAACUUAUAUUCUGGUAUGAAUUCAUUCUCACAGAUCAUCUGUCCUAAACAAGGCGACCUACUGUACACUUAACGCGGGUGCGCGUAUUAACGCGAGCGCAGAGAUGGGCACCGUUACACUUGUGGAUCUUACGCAUGUAAGCUGUUCAGAAUACAGUAUUUGUCUGAAGAAGCGCAUUAGCAAGUUCUGUGCAAAUAUUGAGACUCAGCAGCAUAUCUUCAUCAUAGUCCAACAUGUGGAGAAAUCAAUGGAGACGGACAGAAACACCAUGCUGGAGGAGAUGUUUGUGGGUUUACACGAAGCUCCACAGUUUCUGUGCGAAAGCUCUCUUUGUGCCUCGCUGUACUCAUUUAAACAGACUAUAGACAGAGAUGAUAUUGCUGGUGUUAAGAUCGUGACUUCAACCCACGGAAGAGAAAUAUUUGAGGUCUACCGGGAGCUCCUCUUCACCUCGGCGUAUAAUUUUGAAUACAUCAUCAUGUUUGACGAUCUGUCCUGUCCACUGAGUGAACCCACAGUCACCAAAACUGCUGAUGUUGAACGUGAGGUUAACGCGUUUUUACAGCACCUACCAGCGGUCAAGGGAGAUAUUACAAUUCUUAGAUCAUCUUUAAUUUCAGAUUGUUUCGCUCAUGGCUUCACAACUCGUACCGGUGGUAUUUCUUACAUCAGCACGCUGAGCUCACUAAACCUUUUCUGCAAUCCUCUGCGCAAAGACUCCAAAGCUGUUGUGUCUGAAAAUCGCCGCCGCCUUGGCCAACAGGCUGGAUUUCAACCUCAUCAGUUUAACCUCAUAAAGUGCAAUCAUGCAAGUGAUGUGUGGGUGAUGGGCAAACCAGCACCCGACAGUUACGAUGGAAUGGUGACCAACCAAGCAGGCGUUGUCAUAGCAGCACCAGGUGCUGACUGCAUCCCACUGCUGUUCACUGACCCUGUAGCAAAGGCAAUUGGAGUAGCACAUGCAGGCUGGAAGGGUACCCUCAUGGGAAUUGCCAUGGCAACAGUGAAUGCAAUGGUGUCAGAGUUUGGCAGUCGACCUGCAAACAUUGUAUGUGUGAUGGGGCCUUCUGUGGGACCGUGCUGCUUUACUCUGGAGCAAGAUUCAGCCAGAGAGUUUCAUGCCAUACAUCCAGAUUGUGUCAGACAUAUGGAGUCACCUAGACCUUAUGUUGAUAUCAGACUUGCAACCAGAAUUCUGCUGGAGAGAGGUGGGAUAAAACGCGAAAACAUUGAGAACAUCAAGAUCCAAAAUGAAACCGAUUCUACAAUUUGCACUUCCUGUCGUCCUGAACUUUUCUUCUCCCACGUAAGGGAUGGAAUCAACUUUGGGACACAGAUUGUAUAUGCAUGGAUCAAAGAGUCUCAUGAUACACAAGAAUCAAAUCAGUAAUGCAUUGGGUGAAAUGUGCAAUAAUCACAAACAACUGGAAAGCUUGAAAAGUCAAGAGGGUUUAUUGUGAGAUCCGUUUUGAAAGCUGCUCAUUAAAAUCUCAAUAAAAUAAUUUUUCAUUAAUAUAUGUCAGUAUGAAAACAAUUCGUGGUUUUAUUAAUUAUAAUAUGUUUGUAUAUAAGCCCAUAUGUUAAAAAUUUGUGAAGUACUGUAAGUAGAUUAUUACCAUGAAUGUGCGCUAGAGGGAGCUAGAAGAUCUAUAGAAAAACAUCAAAUGUUAUUAAACUACAAAAGCUUGUUUUUUUUCCAAAUGUUUUUAAUAAACUUUUGUAUGUAUGUGUGUCAUAAUCAAAUAAAACCUACAUUUU